UCUCUAUCCCUCUCUCUAUCCCUCUCUCCCUCCCUCUCCCUCUCCCUCUCCCUUCCUCCCUGUCGAGGAUUCAUCACUGCAGACCCACUGAGGGGGAGAGAAGGACAACAGACAGAGGACUGGACGAGAGAUUUUAACGUUGGAGCAUCAGGGAGAAAAGAAAAGUAACAUGGAACGUCAGGAGCCGACAACUGAAGGUGGUGGGUGGGGCUUAGCCUGCUGAGUUGCUGUGUGAUUGGUCGAUAGUGAUGAUCGCGACUGGCGGUCUCCUGCGAAUCAACGCCCGGCGUCAGGACUCAAACAAAACACACAAACCACACACACACAAGAAGAAGAGCAAGAAGAGGAGAAAGAGUGAGGUGGUGGUGGUGAAGGGGAAGUUGAAGCUGUGCUCGCUGUCGGGUCUCGUGGCGGCGCUCGGUCUGCUAGUCCUGCUCGGGGGGGUGGUCAUGGCGACUCUGGGCUAUUGGCCCCGAGACGGACUGUUGUUCAGAGCUCAGCCACAGGAGGGCGCUGCCAUGGCCUCAGUGUCAUCCAUCAGCUCCACACCUGCACCUACUCAGGGAGGAGAGAGGGGGGAGGAGCUCCAGAGAGAAGAGGGAGGGGGAGGAGCUGACGACACUUUGAACCAGACGGAAUCCAUCAAUAGGACGAGGCAACAACUUCCAAGAAGCUUUGUGGACGAUUUUCUGGACAGGUAUCUGUACUCUGAUAGGCUGAAGGUCUUCGGUCCUCUCAUCAUGGGCAUUGGCAUUUUUCUCUUCAUCUGUGCGAACGCUGUCCUUCACGAGGUCCGGGACAAGAAGACGAAGGUCAUCAACCUGCGAGACAUUUACUCGACCGUUAUCGACCUCCACAGCCUCCGCCGACCACACCCCUCCUCCUCGACCAAUCCCCUCAAUGGUCUCAUUAACUACGUCCAAUCAAAGAGCCUGGACGGUAAACCCAGUUCUUACCCUGCGUCCCUGACGAGCAGGAGGGAGGGGGGGGUUGGUGGAGGAGGCUCUGUGUUUAGUAUCUACCAGAAUACCCCUCCCCUCGGCGACUCCUCCCACAUAUUACCCCUCCCCACCAGCGUCAGCCCGCUGCCCCCUCCCCUACAGAGGGGGGGGCUCAGCUUCUUCACCUUACCUUUACGCCGCCCGCCCCCCGCCACCCCCCGCCGGAGGCACUCAGCCCGGGCCAGGACAGGGGGAGAUCCUCCCAGCAGAAGGCAGAGCCUGCCCACCGGGAGCCUCACCAUCGGUUACAGGAAGCUGACUCACGGAGAGGUUGCAUCAUUUGAGUCGACAGAGAUGACAUCAUUACACCCUGUGACCUCACAGAAGUCAGAGGAAAUGACAUCACAGAGGAAGUACUCAAACAGGGAGAAGCUGAGGAUGAUCUCUCAGCUGAUGAGAGGUGAUGACCAAUCAGGAGCUGACAUUACAACUCUGCAGUCGUGA